CCGGAGGUGGAGGGUUCCGGGCCCGGCAGCCCGGGGCGGAGCUUGUCCGUGUGCCCGGGCGGGGUAAAGAAGUGGCCCCGGCGUCCAGAGUCCAGGCACUGCAGGAGGCUGAGGGGCUCCCCCGGCAGCAUGGAGGCGUUUAUGAACUUCACCAACCAGACCCGGGGCCGGGAUCGGCUCUUCCGAGCCAUUCAAUACACAUGCAUGUUGCUUAGCUAUUUAUUAGCAAGUAAGGCUGACAAAGAGAUGGUGAUAAUGAAGCUCAAGCAGUUGGAAUCUAGCAUGCGCUCUGGCCGUAAAUUGUUCAGACUGGGCAACAUAGUGCAUGCUAUGGUAGCAGCCAGGCGAACAACCCAGCUACCAGACCUGGUGCCCCGACUCUGCCUGACAGCCUCCAACAUCAACCGUGUCUUAUAUUUCAUCUGUGACACAGUCUUGUGGGUGAAAAGUGUUGGACUCAUCACUGAUAUUGACAAGCAGAAGUGGCGUAAUUGGGCUACCAAAUGCUAUUACUAUUCACUGCUGAUGAAUCUGACCAGGGAUUUGUAUGAGAUCUCCUGGAGGAUGGAACAGGUGGCUCAAAGGGAGAAGGCAAAGAAGGAGAACUCUUCUCACUGUGAUGAAGAAGACCAGGACCUGAUCUGCAUGGGAACUGGCGGGUUGCAGCCCUUUCUCCUCCUGCUGUACCAUGCACUAAGGAAGCAUCCUCCUUUAUUACUAGACACCGUGAAGAACCUUUGUGAUCUUUCUAGUCCCUUGGACCAGCUGGGAAUCUACAAAACCAAUCCAGGCAUUAUUGGGCUCUGUGGCCUCCUCUCCUCCGUGGUGGGGAUCUUCACAGUAGUAAGUCCACAUAUGAAGCUGAAACACUGAUCUGAGAGCAGCUGCAUCACAACAAUGAGCUAGCAAUUUUGCUUCCCGGGCAGCUUUCAAUCCCAGGAUGAUAUUUUUAAAAUGAACACGUUUGACAAUCAUUCUUCAUAUGUAGUUUGUUCUCUGGAGAAAUCAGCUUUACUUCCUCCUUCUUCCUGGUAUCCCCUUAGUCAGGGGCUGCUCUGUGCUGUGAUGUAUUACAUUUCAGAGGAGAAUAGUGAAGAGGCUAAGCAAGGACUGAGCAAAACCUCCUUAAAGAAUAUUGUACAACAUGGAAAUCAAGAUGUUACAAAUUGCUGCUAGUUAAGGAGAUGUUACUGUCUCUGUAUUUGAACAUAAACAUAUGGAAGAGCUGCAUAGGCAACUAAAACUGUGUAUAUAUACAAAAAGCCAUAAGAAGUGGUGCUGAUACUGGAAAGGCAACAUUCACCAAUAGAGAUGGGGACCAUUCAUGCGAUCAGUUGUCUCUUUAUUUUUUUAACCACAUUCGAGCAUGUUGGUACCAGGAAGGCUUUAGGAACUGGAAUUCACAUGGGCUGGAUCAAAACAUGAGUUCUCUGACAAGAUUAGAUGAUGCCAAAGGCCUAGCAAUUGGAUUCAUGGAACUUUUCAUCUGUAGGUCGCUGUUGAAAUCCAGCAUAAGCUGGUAGUAACUGGAGAGUGCUCCUGUUUGGUGAUACAAUGGCCAUCAUUGAAUAUGUAUUUGUGGUAUUGGAUCUAGCUCCUAGUAAAAUAGGUGUCUGUAUAAUCCAGUAACUACCACCCCAUCUGUCUUCCUUAUUGAUAAUGCAAAGCAAGGAUUGCUUAGACCAUGGAAUCUGAAUUCCUCUCUAGCAGGGUUCUUCCAGGUCAUGAUUAGGUGCACUUUUUUUCCCUCGAUAUGUGUGGCAAGCUUACUUCGGUGCUGCUCAUGCUGGGGAUAAAGAAAGGAUUUCAGUCUCCAUGACUGCUGAUCUGGCACUAUUCUUCAGCACUGGCCUUCUCCCAAAUCCACACACAACCCUUGCAAUCACACAAGGGUGAUGAUUUCUGUACUCUCGGAAGCAGCUUUUGCACUGAUACUGCUUUAGUUUUGCUGAAAGUUUUCAAAUAUAAUCCAUUUUAAAUCUUCACGCGUUUGAGAGAGACCAGCCCCAGGGCUGCUGGUGAGUGAGAUGGA